UUUACUGUCCCUCCUAAAAAGCCGACAUUAAACCGCCCCGGGCCCACAAAUCACCGGCGCAAAAUUAUGAGUUCGUUGCACUCCGCCAGCGCGCUGUUUUCCAAAUACCAACAAUCCGCCGUGAGCAGCCCUGCUCUUCUCUUAACGGACUCUUCAACUUCUCACUGUCCGUCUUCCUCUGCUUCUCCUGCCGCGUCUUCCUCGUACGCCUUCGUGUCCAGCGGAUAUCACCACCAUGAUGUCUCCAGUGGGAGAGGCAGCUCUAGGCUCCAAUUUCCCCCUUCUUCUUCUCACUCUUCUUCCUCUCCUUUUUCGUUCGGUUUGUCUCUUUCGAGACUGAACGGGAGCAUCAGGGGUAGUCAACCUACAGAAAUAGGCUCAGCAGGCGCUCAUAACUCACCGGGAAUUGGGCCGCUGGGGUGCCCCGCGGAGCAGAUCCUGCCCGGUCGGACUCAGUUCUGCUCGCUGGCUGCUAGGCUUCCUGAGACGACCUCCAGGAGGCAGAGUAGCCCGGAGCAGAAAAGGCUAAACCAUGAGAGACUACGUAUUUACCCCUGGAUGAAGAGCUCAGGCUCUGACAGACGAAGAGGCCGGCAGACGUACACGCGGCACCAGACGCUCGAACUGGAGAAGGAGUUUCACUUCAACCGGUACCUCACGCGGCGACGGCGGAUAGAGGUCGCGCACGCGCUCGGCCUCACAGAGAGACAGAUCAAGAUCUGGUUCCAGAAUCGGAGGAUGAAGUGGAAGAAGGAGAACACCAUGACGGAGAGCGGCACCGCCACGGCAGUGGCUGGAGAAGAAGAGGAGGCGGCCGAUGCGGAUGACUGAUGAGUGCAUCUACAGGACACCUGAAGACAACAAACUGCUACAGAUUUAUUUCACUUUUUUCUUUUAGUGUGCAAAAGGAGUCACAAUCGAAAAGAUGUUAUCACAUAACCAUCAUAUUUCCCUUCCGUUUGUUUGUUUCUGAAACUUUCAAAGGUGAAAUGUUGGAAUUAACAGGAUUGGAUUUCUAACAGAGACGCUUCUGUUGCAGUUCAGGAAUCCUAUAGAUUCCUUCGAGUUAUGAGAAAGCUGUCUCAUGUGAUCUGCAGCAGAAAGGCACGAAAUGGCUGUCGAUGCGAUAAAUGAAACAGCAGCACUUGUGACUUCUGUGGAUUUAUGUUAAUCGUAUUGGAUAUAUCUGCAUUUAUGAAUGUACACUUUUUUCCUAAAAGAAAAAAAAAUCUGGACCCAAAUCCACGAUACAAAACGAAAAAGAACUGCAUCACCCAUGUUUGUUUGUUUAGUUUUU